AUGAAUCCAAACGUUCCUCCAACAUCUUCAAUUAUUUUGCCUCCUCCUCCUACCUCAUUAACUUUAAAUAAUAAAGAUGUUAAAUUUUUAAAUCAUGAAACUACAACACUUAUAGUUAAAAGCCUGCCAAAUUUUCCAGAACCAGAUUUGAUUAAUUUUCUUAAUCAUUUUGGUCCAAAAGAAAUCCGUCUUGGAAAGUCUAGACAUAUGAAAAAUUCUGCCUUUCUAGAUUUUUGGGACCGUAAUUCAGCGUCAUUAGCAUUCACUAAAAUACAAGACUUGGGAGAUAUUAAUGGUAAAAGAAUCAGAGUUGAAUAUGCAUCUCCAACUCCAUCAUUAGGGUAA